ACGGUGGAAACGCUGUUUUGUAGCCGUUGUCUGCCUUCAAUAUAGAAAGCUAUUCAUUCUCCACAAAGAACCUUCAGGCAACUCCAAUAGAACACAAUGAGUGCUGCUUCUUUGUUAUUCUCAUGUUCUAUGCAUGCGGGUGUCUCUCAUCCCAAGGUGGCUGCAAAAUCUUAUGCAUGUUGUUUUCUCAAUCAGCCAUGGAAUCUUUUGAAGUUAACAUCAUCUGGGAAUGCUGGAUUUUUGAAAAAAUCAAAACUUUCUUACAGGGGGGAUGAGAUUCUGCAUAGGGCAGGGGCUGUUCAAGUUGAAAGUGCACCCUCCUUCUCUGUGGGGCAAAAAUUUCAACUUGAUGAUGUGAUUGAGGCUCAGCAAUUUGACCGAGAGACUCUCAAUGCAAUAUUUGAAGUUGCAAGGAGUAUGGAGAAGAUUAAAAGUAACUCACCUGGUAGCCAAAUGCUGAAGGGUUACCUCAUGGCUACCUUGUUUUAUGAACCAUCCACUAGAACUAGGCUUUCAUUUGAGUCUGCCAUGAAAAGAUUAGGUGGGGAUGUUUUGACAACUGAAAAUGCAAGGGAGUUUUCCUCUGCUGCUAAAGGAGAGACACUGGAAGAUACUAUAAGGACUGUUGAAGGUUACUCUGAUAUAAUUGUAAUGCGGCACUUCGAAAGCGGCGCAGCCAGAAGAGCUGCAGCGACUGCUAGCAUUCCUGUGAUCAAUGCAGGGGAUGGUCCUGGACAGCAUCCCUCCCAGGCACUGCUAGAUGUUUAUACCAUUGAAAGAGAGAUAGGAAAACUGGACGGAAUUAGAGUUGGGCUUGUGGGAGACCUUGCUAAUGGGAGGACAGUUCGCUCACUCGCAUACUUACUAGCCAAGUAUCAAGAUUUGAAAUUUUAUUUUGUCUCUCCUAAUGUGGUUAAAAUGAAGGAUGACAUAAAAGACUACCUAACAUCAAAGGGAGUGGAGUGGGAAGAAAGUUCUGAUUUGAUGGAAGUGGCUUCUAAGUGUGAUGUGGUUUAUCAAACCCGCAUUCAAAAGGAAAGAUUUGGAGAGAAAAUUGACCUUUAUGAAGAGGCAAGAGGCAAGUAUAUUGUAAAUCAAGAUGUUCUAAAGGUGAUGCAAAAACAUGCUGUGGUUAUGCACCCUCUUCCAAGACUUGACGAAAUCACAGUGGAUGUUGAUGCUGAUCCAAGAGCUGCUUACUUUAGGCAGGCAAAGAAUGGUUUAUAUAUUCGAAUGGCUCUGUUAAAGGUAUUGCUUCUUGGUUGGUAAAGGGUGCAUUCACAGUUCCAAGUGAAUAGGAUGAUCUAAUGUCAAAUAUCCACAUGGGCGUUGCAGAUAGUGUAAGAGAGAAUAAAUAAAUAAAUUUCCUUUCUACAUCAGUAAAAUUACCUUUUAAUUGCAAGUUUUUUCCCCUUCAAAUGCACAAUGUGUGCUGUGCAGUGUUGCUUUUGACUUGGUACCUUGAGCAUGUAGAAUGGGCUUGCCUUUGACUUGGUUGCCUUGGUUAGUAAGAGCAAUUCCAAGGUUUCUUGUUCCG